AGUUGAAUGAAGGUCAAUCCUAAUUGUGGUGUUUACAAUUUUAUUGUAGAAAUGGAGCCCAAAAAUAACAAAGUUCAAGGCCCAUAAGAGAAGACUCAAUUCAAGUGGACUUAACCCAGCCCAAUCAAAAUAAAAUAGAUUGGAAAGAUUAAUGAAGGGAGCAAAAUCUGUGGAAGAUGUCUCUUGCUGUGAAGAAAUCCCGAAUUGGAAACACAUCUGUACUGCGCUUUGUAUUUUCACCAUAUCUCCCUCAUCCGAUGUCAUAUUGAGCUGAUUCAAGAGGCCUUGGAAAGCUAAUUUAACGUGCUACAAUUUCUCCUGAAAUAGAGAUUUUGAAAUCCUCACAUUUUCUAAGUGAAAAAUGGCCCACAAUCCAAGGCUAAAAAUCUGCCGAAUUGAAGAGGCGAAUUCGGGAUUGAUUCUUUCUUUUCCUGGUGAUGAUGGUUUGAAAGGAGUGGAAGAGGGGAAAAAAAAGGCAGAGGACGACCAAGAAGGCUGGGACCAAGGUGGAUCAAUUCUUUUUCUUCCCUUUUGGCUAUCAAAAGAGGGAAGCCACUUCAAGAAAACGGGAGACCAGAUUCACUGAGCUUUGCUUAGUGCAUGAGAAGCAAAAAGAGCUUGGAACUGCUGCCUUAUGAUCCAAAAAUUGAAAAAAACAGCAAAAAGACUGAGGAAAAAGAAGCGAGUAGCUCGAAAAAAUUCAAACGCUAUGGCAGACAACGAGAAUCCAAGACGUCAACACGAGCUGUAAGGGAUUUUGCUCUACCACAGGUCACAGGAAUCAAUUUAGUCAUUAAGAAACCUAGUAUUGCAGCCAACAACUUUGAGAUUAAGCCAGCUAUCCUACAAAUGAUCCAAAACAUCAAUUCAAUUCCAUGGAUUUCCGAGUGAUGAUCCCAAUGCCCAUAUAGCAAGUUUUCUGGAAGUUUGUGACACCUUCAAGCAAAAUGGUGUUACUUAUGAUGCCAUUCACCUCUGGCUAUUUCCUUUCUCUCUUCGAGAUUGAGCAAAAAGUUGGCUAAAUUUAUUACCUGCAAAUUCAAUCACUAGUUGGGAAGAUUUAGCUCAGAAGUUUCUCGCUAAAUUUUUUCCACUAGCCAAGACAGCAAAGAUGCACAAUGAAGUUUCAAAUUUUUCUCAAUUGGAGGGUGCACCACUUUACGAGGCUUGGGAGCGAUAUAAAGACCUACUUAGGCGAUGCCUUCACCAUGGAUUGCCGAAGUGGAUGCAAGUUCAGAACUUCUAUAAUGGACUUGCUGCCUCUACAAGAACUCUAAUAGAUGCCGCUUCAGGACGAGCUUUUAUGGGCAAAUCCCUAGAUGAUGCAUAUGAUCUGUUGGAGGAGAUGGCGAUGGACAACUAUCAAUGGCCAAAUGAGAGAAUUUUACCGAAGAAAGCAGUAAGAGUGCAUGAGGUUGAAGCUAUCACUACCUUGACAACUCAAGUCCAUAAUCUUACUCAACAAUUGAAGGCCAACCAACUGACAGCAAAUGCCAUUCACUUGACACCACUGGCUUGUGAUUUUUGUCAUGGAAACCAUCCAAGUGAAGAAUGUCAAGUGGGAAAUCCCUUCUUUCAAUCCCAAGCGGAGCAAGCACACUUUGUUGCAAAUUACAAUCGGCAAAACAAUCCAUAUAGUGCAACAUACAACCCUGGAUGGAAACAUCACCCCAAAUUUUCAUGGAAUAAUCAGAAUGCAUUGAAACCUCCACCUGGUCCAUCGUCUAGUGAUCCGCCGAAAGAGAAGUUAGCACUUGAAGAAGCAACGGCACAAUUAGCAACUAACACCAACAGAUUCAUAACAGAGACUAAGACCAAUUUUCAGAAUCAAGAAGCUUCGAUACGGAAUUAAGAAGUCCAGGUCGGUCAAUUGGCUAAUAUGCUAACUGGGAGACAACAAGGAAACUUGCCUAGCACAACUGAAGUGAAUCCAAAGGAACAGUGUGAGGCGAUCACUUUGAGAAAUGGAAAAGAGUUAGAAGCUCCAAUUACUAGUGAAAAGUUUGAAAAAGAAGAUCAAGAGAUGCAACUCCACACACCAACGCUUAGCGAGGAGAUUUCUAACAAUCAACCAAUCCCACCACAGGAUCUAGCACCAAAAGUUCCAUUCCCUCAACGACUCAAAAAGAAUAAGCUUGAUAAGCAAUUUUCUAAAUUUUUAGAUGUGUUUAAAAAAUUGCAUAUUAACAUUCCUUUUGCAGAAGCUCUCGAACAAAUGCCAAGCUACGUGAAAUUUAUGAAGGACAUCUUGUCAAACAAGAGGAGAUUGGAAGAAUAUGAGACAGUAGCCCUUACUGAAGAGAGAAGUGCAAUUCUACAAAAGAAAUUGCCUCCAAAGUUCAAGGAUCCAAGGAGUUUUACUAUCCCUUGUUCAAUUAUAAAUUCUAUGUUUGAAAGAGUUUUAUGUGACUUAGGUGCAAGUAUUAAUCUUAUGCCUUUGUCUAUUUUUAGGAAACUUGGACUAGGUGAGGCGAGACCUACUACAGUAUCAUUGCAAUUAGUGGAUCACUCAAUAAAACACCCAAGGGGAAUUACUGAGGAUGUGCUUGUUAAGGUGGACAAGUUUAUUCUUCCAGCCGACUUCCUCAUUCUAGACAUGGAGGAGGAUAGGAAAAUUCCUAUCAUUCUUGGCAGACCAUUCUUAGCUACUGGCCGAGCUCUAAUUGAUGUCCAAAGGGGAGAAUUGCGGUUGAGAGUACAAGAGGAGGAGGUAACCUUUAAUGUUUUUGAUGCCAUCAAGUAUCCGGAUACAAGUGAGAGUUGUUUCAGCAUCUGAGAAAUCGACUCCUUGGUCACUGAAGUAUUUAACCAACAAAAGGAGUCGUUGGAAGUUUUUUUGGUUAAUCCCAACCCGACUAUGGUGGAAGAUCCGGAAGUGUUAGAAUAUGCUUUGUGGAUGGAUCCUUUUGGUCCUAAUCGCAGAAAAUAUUUUGAAGAUUUGGGACAUGGAACAUCAUGGCCCCUUCCAUCUAUUGAGAAACCACCUACAUUGGAGCUUAAGCCCUUACCUGAACAUCUUCAAUAUGCGUAUCUUUGUGAAUCAUCUACUCUUCUGGUAAUUAUUUCAUCCAAGCUUUCGAUUGAAGAAGAGGAAAAGUUGUUAAGAGUGCUUAGAGAACAUAAGGCAGCUAUUGGAUGGACACUUGCAGAUAUCAAGAGAAUUAGCCCUUCUAUUUGUAUGCACCAAAUUUUGUUGGGUGAAGAUUGCAAGCCAGCGGUGGUACAUCAAAGAAGACUCAAUCCGACAAUAAAGGAAGUGGUGCAUAAAGAGGUCUUAAAAUGGUUAGAUGCCGGAGUGACUUACCCAAUUUCUGAUAGCUCAUGGAUCAGUCUUGUGCAAGUAGUACCAAAAAAAGGAAGAAUGACAGUGGUAAAGAAUGCUAACAAUGAGUUGAUCCCUACAAGAAUAGUUACUGGAUGGAGAAUUUGCAUGGAUUAUUGAAAAUUGAACAAGCCACUCGGAAGGACCACUUCCCCUUGCCAUUCAUUGAUCAAAUGUUAGACAGGCUAGCCGAGCAUGAGUACUAUUGCUUCCUAGAUGGCUAUUCGGGGUAUAAUCAAAUAGCCAUAGCACCAGAGGACCAAGAGAAGACCACCUUCACAUGCCCUCAUGGCACUUUCGCCUUUCGUCGAAUGCCAUUUGGACUUUGCAAUGCGCCAGCUACCUUCCAAAGGUGUAUGAUGUCAAUCUUUUCAGAUACGGUAGAGCGGAUUAUUGAAAUUUCCAUGGAUGAUUUUUCUGUAUUCGGAUCAUCUUUUGAUGAUUGUCUUGGGAAUUUGGCGUUAGUUUUGAAGAGAUGUGAAGAAACUAACCUUCUACUUAAUUGGGAAAAGUGUCACUUCAUGGUAAAAGAGGGAAUUGUCUUAGGUCUUCGGAUCUCUUCAAAGGGGAUUGAAGUGGAUAGAGCAAAAAUUGAGACAAUCGAGAAGCUUCCACCACCAACAACAAUAAAAGGAGUACGGAGCUUUCUUGGACAUGUCGGAUUUUAUAGAAGAUUUAUUAAAGACUUUUCCAAGAUCUCCAAACCCCUUUGUAGCUUGCUUGUGAAAGAAACACCUUUUGUGUUUGAUGAAGAAUGUGAAAAGGCGUUCUUACUGCUAAAAGAGAAGCUUGUGUCGGCUCCGAUUGUUAUAGCUCCGGAUUGGGAUCUACCGUUUGAAUUGAUGUGCGAUGCAAGUGACUAUGCGGUUGGUGCGGUAUUGGGACAACGAAGGAACAAACGGUUUCAUACAAUUUAUUAUGCUAGUAGAACC